AAAUGGCGUUGGAGGGAUAUCAACACAUAUAAUCACCACCUGUCCUUCACCCGACGAUUAUCUUUGACCAGCCAUCGCCCUGCCGUCCCUGCGAGGAAUUCUGUCUAAUGACACCGCACCUUCCCCAAUAACAGCGGAGCCGAUGCCCGUUUUGCCUGGGACCGAAGUCGGGCUUCCAGUCGAUAUCUCUCCCCCUUUUGUUUCUUUGUCGUUCGUUCCUCAGUGAGGCGUGCCUUACGUAAAGCAUACCUAUUUAUUUGACGAGCUGCUAUUCCUAUGCUCUGGGUGAAAACGCCAAAUCCGCUUUGGGCGCAGCACACGGAGCAGACCUGGGCUGUCUUCCUCAUCGAAAAACAGAACGCGCAUACCAUGCAAAAUGGCCAUCACAACUACCCAAUCGAUAAAUGGCUCUCCUACUGCGGCCUCGAGUUCGGUUUUGGGCGGGACGUCCAGUAGGGCCUUAAAGGGCGGUUUUGCCAACGGUCGUGCCCAGGGUUUUUUUGAGGAGUACGGGAUCUGGAAAGAGGCGCCGGUGCUCAUCGGCACUACCAAAUUCACACCGUUGCCUGAUGUGAAGAACAUCAUGAUCACGGGCGGCGCCGGCUUCAUCGCAUGCUGGCUCGUCCGGCAUCUGACCCUCACGUAUCCGCAUGCCUACAACAUUGUCUCGUUCGACAAGCUCGACUACUGCUCUUCACUCAACAACACCCGAGUGCUGAACGAACGACGAAAUUUUACCUUUUACCAGGGUGACAUCACGCACCCAACCGAAGUUGUUGACUGCCUUGAGCGCCACAACAUCGACACCAUUUUCCACUUUGCCGCCCAGUCCCAUGUUGACCUCAGCUUCGGGAACUCAUAUGGCUUCACGCACACCAAUGUUUACGGUACACACGUUCUGUUGGAGAGUGCCAAGAAGGUUGGCAUCAAGCGCUUCAUCCACAUAUCGACAGACGAAGUGUACGGCGAGGUCAAGGACGAUGACGAUGAUUUGUUGGAGAGCAGCAUAUUGGCCCCUACCAACCCUUACGCCGCGAGCAAGGCGGCAGCCGAGAUGCUGGUCCACUCAUACCAAAAAAGUUUCAAGCUCCCCGUCAUCAUCGUGAGAAGCAACAACGUCUAUGGUCCCCAUCAGUACCCAGAAAAGAUCAUACCAAAAUUCGCAUGCCUGCUGCACCGGGGCAAACCGGUAGUGCUACACGGCGACGGCUCACCGACACGACGGUACCUGUAUGCCGGCGACGCGGCCGACGCCUUUGACACGAUCCUCCAUAGGGGGCAGCUGGGGCAGAUCUACAACGUUGGGUCGUACGACGAGAUCAGUAACCUGUCGCUGUGCGGGAAGCUCCUGACCAAGAUGGGCCUGGCCCAUGAGACGGCCGACGAGUUCCGGCGCUGGGUGAAAUACACGCAUGACCGCCCAUUCAACGACCACCGCUACGCCGUUGACGGCACCAAGCUACGGCAGCUCGGUUGGGAGCAGAAGACAAGCUUCGAGGACGGACUUCACGUCACGGUUGAGUGGUAUCGCGCCUUCGGUGAGCAGUGGUGGGGCGACAUCAGCAAGGUUCUCAGCCCUUUCCCCGUUGUCGCCGGGUCUGAAGUCCUCUCGGACAAAGAGCCCGUCUCUGACAACCCCCAGCCUGCGCUGGGGGAGGAUGCUCCGGCCAAGAAGCGCAAACUCUGAUGCAAACCAAGUUGCACACGUUCUCGGUGCAAGACUCGCC